AUGGCGGAUAGUAUGGUAGAAGCGCUUAUCGGUUCGACAGUAGCCAUGAUAUGUGUCACCACGUUGGUUAUUUCGAUACGGAUGGCCGUAAGGAAAAGUCUCAGAACUUGCGGCCUCGAUGAUGUUCUUAUCACUGCUAGCUGGGUGCGCAAAGUCAACUUGGCUUCCCAUACUGUGCGCAAAGAGGAUUUAACAUGUAGUGAUCUGCAGGUUUUUGCGAUGGCCAUGUUUACUGUAACUAUGAUCUCGGCCCAUUCAGGAUUCGGCAGACAUCACCAAGAUGUCAGUAUUUCCGACUACGAGCAGUUUCUCAAAUUGACUAUCGCGACUUCGGCAACGUACAGCUAUGGUCUGGCUCUUGCCAAGAUGUCUUUCGCCGUUCUUUACCUACGAAUGCUACCAGAUAGAAGACUGGUGAUGAUGAACAAGGCCAUCAUCCUCUUCCUCUGCUGUCAGGCCAUCGAAGAGAGCCUCAUUCCAAUAUUCCAAUGUAAACCGAUCGCGAAAGCCUGGACGGUCGGCAUGGAAGGGAGUUGUCUUGACCUUCCUGUUCUCUGGUGGAGCGGCACUUGGACUUAUCGCCAUGUUGUCACUGGGUCUACUGUUGUCCAAAAACUGCCAUGCUCGUCUCAGCCAUUUGGUAUAGCUAGCAUCGAUACACCACCACGAGCCAUCAAAACGAUUGGUCAAACGAGACAGAAACCACGAUUCCCAUCAAAGUAUGGCAGUGGCCAGGAGAGAUACUGCACUAUCGGGUCAGGUUCUACUGUCAGGACCCUAACGUAUCCUCUCAGUGUAUUGAGCCGGCCUAUCAGAGCUUCGGUCACGGCAAGCGAGGGUCCGCACGAAACGCUACGCACCGAUGCUACUAGAGACGGCAACAGCAUUGGCAAUCUGCAGAAACUUGAGCUUGAGCUAGAGCUGGACUACGACGUGGAACGCGAUGCGGGUAAUAUAGUUGGCAUACCCGAAGAGAUUUUCUUCCCUACAGGAAAUUUUAAUGAGAAAGUCAGGAGUGAGGGCAAAUAG